GGCGUGGUCACUGCACACUUCCCCCUCUUCUUAUAACAGACAUUUUUGCCAUUCCAGUUGACCGUGGCAACAGAAAACUGAACUCGAUAUAUUCUAAAUAAAAAGAGGAUUUGCUUUUUGUAUUGACUCGACACCGAUAUCAGGAUGUUUUACACAUGUGGACCCAAUGAAGCCAUGGUGGUGUCCGGCUUUGGCCGUUCUCCUCCUCUAAUGAUUGCUGGAGGAAGAGUGUUUGUCCUCCCAUGUAUUCAGAAGAUCCAGAGGAUUGCACUCAACACUCUGACUCUUAAUGUGAAGAGUGACAAAGUCUACACCCGCCACGGGGUCCCUAUCUCUGUCACUGGUAUUGCACAGGUGAAGAUCCAGGGCCAGAACAAGGAGAUGUUGGCCACCGCCUGCCAAAUGUUUAUGGGCAAGUCUGAGGCGGAGAUUUCCACUAUUGCAUUAGAAACCCUGGAGGGACACCAGAGAGCCAUCAUCGCCCAUCUGACUGUGGAGGAGAUCUACCAGGACCGUAAGAAGUUUUCCGAGCAGGUCUUCAAGGUGGCCUCAUCUGACCUGGUCAACAUGGGGAUUGGCGUGGUCAGCUACACGCUCAAAGACGUUCACGACGAUCAGGACUACCUUCACUCUCUAGGUAAAGCCAGGACAGCUCAGGUGCAGAAGGAUGCCAGGAUCGGAGAGGCUCAGUACAAACGUGAUUCUGUCAUGAGGGAGGCCCACGCCAUGCAGGAGAAGGUCUCCGCUCAGUACAAGAACGAGAUUGAGAUGGCGAAAGCCCAGAGGGACUACGAGCUGAAAAAGGCGGUCUAUGAUGUGGAGGUCAACACCAAGAAGGCUGAGUCAGAGAUGGCCUAUCAGCUUCAGGUGGCCAAGACCAAGCAGCGCAUUGAGGAGGAGAAGAUGCAGAUUCAGGUGGUGGAGAGGACGCAGCAAAUCACUCUGCAGGAGCAGGAGAUCACCCGCAAGGAGAAGGAGCUGGAGGCCAAAGUGAAGAAGCCCGCAGAAGCAGAGAAGUACCGUCUGGAGAGGCUGGCCGAGGCACACCGCCUGCAGCUCAUCAUGGAGGCUGAGGCCGAUGCCGAGUCCAUCAAAAUGAAGGGAGAGGCCGAGGCGUUCGCCGUUGAGGCUAAGGGCCGCGCCGAGGCCGAGCAGAUGGCCAAGAAGGCAGAGGCCUUCCAGCAGUACAAAGACGGAGCCAUGGUGGACAUGCUGCUGGAGAAACUGCCACUGAUAGCGGAGGCGAUCAGUGGGCCCCUGUCGGGAGCUCAGAAGAUCACGAUGGUGUCCAGCGGAAACGGAGAGGUGGGAGCAUCCAAACUGACCGGGGAGGUUCUAGAUAUCAUGACCAGGCUGCCCGCCGCUGUGGAGAAACUCACCGGAGUCCGCAUCGCCCAGGUUGGAACAGCUGUUUAUUAAGAAGAGAGGAAGUAAUCAGAAGAGAUGUCAUAAAAUAUUCAGACUCGGAGCUCCACGUCUCCUCCUCGUGCCUAUAACCACUAAUGGCUGCACCGUAGUCUCGUCCCAUCGUCUGUAUGUGCAUGUUUCACUUCUGUCUGUCCUGUUCCCAGUUCCUCUUCCAUCCAAACAGGAUCUUGUGUGUGGUUUCUUCCAUGUCCCUGAUCUGAGCUGUUGUGCUUUCUGCUGUGGGUGACAGCAGAGCACUGGCAAAGGGAUGCAGCUUCUUUUUUUUUUUACCAAAAGAGAAAAGCCUCCCAGUUUUCCUAUCAUUGUUGUUUUAUACUUGGUCAGGCCAAGUUUUUAUUUUGAAUCCAAGCGGCAACUAGCUGCAUAGGUCAAUCAUCUGUCAUUUAUUUUAUAAUAUAGAAGAUAUUUAUGGCUGUAGCUUUUUUGUGCCUUUCAAUUAAUUAAAUGGUGCUGGCUCUUUAUCACCUCGUAGUUCUGUGUGGGUAUAUCGUUGCUGUGGUUGGAAAUAAUUUACCCAACACUACCGUCUUUGUCCGGUCAAGAGACAAGUUUACUACACGUCGCUUUAGUGACUGUUACCGGGCCCAGAACCAUAUCACUGGAAAAUGUUGUUUAGUUUCAGAAUGAAGGGGGGCGGAAGUGGUUGAAGGUAACGAGAUAAAGGGGUUUCCAGUAGAAAGCAAUGAAAGGAUGUUGUGGUGGGAGAACAUUUGACUGCUGCAGUGUCUACUGGAGAGAGCUCAUCACUCACUAACACGCCUGCUGCUGCUUUAUGUGCUUGCUGCCUAGAAUUUGAACUGACAUAGGGGAGAGAGUAUGUUUAUUUUUGUCGUAUUUUUCCUUUUGGUCCUAUAAUGUGAUGCUGAGUUGGAUAGAUCAUGUCAGAUUGUGGCUCUUGCAUGUUGGAUAACAUUCCAGCACCUCUGAUCUGAGGCUUCUUCUCUAAACAGUCAAUUUUUUCCACUGGCCAUGCCAUAUGCAUUUUGUUACCCCCAAGUGCCUGUUCCUACUAACCCAACGGACUAAACUUAUCUUUAGCCUACUCUUCUUCUGUCAGGGAAUGUUCUCUCAUAUCUCAACUGAUCCUAAGCCAUGGGCCGUCACUAGCGAGGGCCGUAGAUGAAAGCCAAAUCCGUCUCUACUUGUGUUGUAUGUUCUUGUGAUUAAUCUUCUACUUUCCUAACUCGUUGAUGCAUGUCUCUACUUUAAGAUGACACAAGUAGUUAUUAUAUAGCUUUGAAGUUGUAUACAAGUCCAAUGUUUGAGAUUUAUCUGUAGUGAAAUGUUUGAUUAUAAUGUAGACAAUAAAGUAUGGUUUAAUCACUGAA